CUCAUCUGGUGGAAGGGUCGCUGCAGUAUAGCCAGCUCCUGCACCUCCGGGUCUCAGCGAUGGUUAAUGAGAUUAGCAGUUUGUCUGCGUCAGUGCAAAGGGGUCAAUCACUGGAUUAGCACCUUGCUUAAGAGUUACAUCAGUUUAUCAUACUUUUUCUUUAUUGCUUUCACGGCUUCCAAAGAAUGUCUCUGUUUGAUUGGAAAACCGUUGCCAAAGGGAAAUAUGGUAAUGCAACAAACUGCCCCGGGAAUGAGGCUUUCUCCACCUUCAGCUGCUGAAUGAAGCAUCUUCCAGGGAGGACGAGAGGAGCUGAAGCAGCCAGGGAAGCGCAGUGCUGUUGGGCCAACAUCUUGCCUGCUGUGGCAGAGUCUGAGACUCCGGACGAGUCAUCCUCAUGCCACUUGUAAAUAACAAAGUUGGGGAUGAUUCCACAGUUGGCAACGACAAAGCUCUGUCAGAUGGAAAAGCGUUGGUGGACUCUUUGAUCAAGGUGGUAGCCUGCUACCGGCAUUUGGCUUCGUGUGUUGGUGGAUGCACAGACAGCUUACAGCUGCGGGAUGAGCUCCGACAAACGCGAGAAAAGGCCCAAAAGCUGGCAGAGACCAUCUGCCAUCACUUGACCUCACGUCUGCGUGACAAGAGCCUGCCCGAGGAGCAGCGCAAGGAGAUGGAGCUCCUCUGGGUGGCCUUCUCCUCCAGUCUAGAGCUUCUGCAUGUUGACAUGUGCAAGGUUCACAACAUCAGUGACAUUUUCUUAGUGGCUAACAAAACAUCGCUGGUGCAAACUGGUGUUCAAGGAGGAGGCAGUGAGGUAGCAGCCCGAGCGCUCAGUUUACCUGACUUGAACCAAGCCCAGGCACCAAGCCCCCCUGCCUGCCUGGAGAAUGAGGAGCAGUGCACGUUGGAGCAGGAGAUCACUCGCAUCGACCACAUGAUCGAUGACAUGGAGAUGAAAGUCAACGUGUUGCGGUGGAUGGUGGAGCCCCAUGGGCCGCAGUACGCAGACCCGCUCAGCAGCGUCGACAGCACCUCCUUAGCUCUGUUCUCUGUAGAUGAAGAGCAGCCCGGCCCUGCGCCCCAGAUUCCACACCAGCACCGCUGCAUCCUUGCGCUCUCACUGCUGCUUGCUGUUGUUUUAAUGCAAGUCACUUUAUUUAUCUGUAUUUUUCUUUUCUCAUGAAUACAACCUUAACAUAUUCAACCCUGUUUUCUCCAUACAACCUCAGAUUAUUCUCGAUAACAUUGUAAAAAUGUUCGAUUUUUAAUUUAGUCCUUAUUUGGUUUAUGGUCAUGACUUGUUUUCUGAAGGAGUUUUAGGGUUAAGUUUGUGUUUCAAUGGUCACUUUUCUGCAGUGAAUCCAAAGCUGCCAUAUGCUUUUGAUGACAUCAAGGACAAGAAAUAAAUUGCUUAAAAUGUAUUGAUUAAAGAAAAAGGGAACCAUUUGACCCUUUUCCCUUUAGAAACAAUGACAACAAUGCAACUAUUUCAUACACAUAUUCCUCACUGAAAGAAGUAAAUUUGCAUUUGAUUAAAAAAAAAAUCUUGCAAAUUUUUCUUUUUAUUGCCACCGUGAGGCAAUAGGUGCUGGACAAUGCUUUGUAGUUGGUUUUUAGAUUUGUAAUUUGUACAUAAUCUGGUCUGUAUGAGUAUCAAACUGCAUAGUAAACAUUGCAUCAUAAAAGUAUCAACUUUGAUAUGACAUUGUUUUCCAUUGUUUUACUAGCACAUUGGUAAAGCAAUAAAUUACUGAGAGAACAGCAA